AUGGCUCCUAUUGCUAUUAAUCCAGAGGAUGAGACAAAUGGUCGACGCCAUGAAUCUCCAAGAAGUCAUGCCGUCGACCAUGACACGUCGACCUCGGAAACAAUGAGUUCUCCAGUGGGCACCCCACUUGAAACUCCGGCAUCGCCAGCCCAUGGGCCUCUGCCUCUCUUGGAAGCCGGUCUAGCCGUCGAACAGGCUGCCCUGGGCGAGAACCUUGUUGAUGCCACGCAGGCUGCCGACAUGAACAGUAAUGGGACUGGCUCGAAUGGAGUCGCCGGCACCAACGGCACCAACAGCACCAACGGCACCAACGGCAACAUCAAAACAUCAAGUCAGAUACCCACCAUCAAUAUUCCAUCCACCCAAGACACAAGACACGGCAAGCUUCCACCACCAACCGGACCCAAGUAUGAACCCGUGGCCAUCGUCGGCAUGGCCUGUCGCCUGCCAGGCAGCGUGUCUGACCCUGAAGCCUUCUACGAGCUGUGCUGCCUCGGCCGCAGCGGAUGGAGCGGGAUCCCGGCGCACCGCUUCAGCAAGGAAGGCUACCACCACCCGAACCCCGACCGGCUGGGCUGCUUCAACCCGGUCGGGGGCUGCUUCCUGAGCGAAGACGUCGCGGUCUUCGACGCGCCCUUCUUCAAGAUCACGGAGCGGGAGGCGGUGGCCAUGGACCCGCAGCACCGGCUGAUCCUCGAGUGCACGUACGAGGCGCUGGAGAACGCGGGGAUCCCGAUGCACAGCGUCUCGGGCAGGAACGUGGGCUGCUUCGCGGGCGGGUCGUUCACCGACUACGAGCUCAACAACCUCCGCGACCUCGAGACGCAGCCCAUGCACCAGAGCACGGGCAACGCGCCGACCAUGAUGGCGAACCGCGUGUCGUACUUUUUCGACUUUCGCGGCCCCAGCCACACGGUCGAGACGGCCUGCUCGUCCAGCCUGACCGCCCUGCACCUGGCCAUGCAGAGCCUGCGCUGCGGCGACUCGUCGCUGGUGGUGCUGGCCUCGAGCCACCUCAACCUCAUGCCCGACCACUUCGUCGCCAUGUCGUCCAACGGCCUGCUGUCGGGCGACGGGCGGUCGUACGCCUUCGACUCGCGCGCCAACGGCUUCGGGCGCGGCGAGGGCGCCGGCGUCGUCAUCCUCAAGCCGCUGGCCCAUGCGCUCCGCGACGGCGACAACAUCCGCGCCCUGGUGGUCGGCUCGGGCGUGAACCAGGACGGCCGCACCAACGGCAUCACCAUGCCCAGCGGCGAGUCGCAGCUGGCCCUGAUGCGCAAGGUCUACGCCGACAACGGGCUCGACCCCCGCGACUGCGGCUACGUCGAGGCCCACGGCACCGGCACAAAAGUCGGCGACCCGCUGGAGAUGAAGGCGCUGCACGAAAUGUUCUGGGAGGACAGGAGCCCCCAGCGCCCCUUGCUGGUCGGAUCCGUCAAGACCAACGUGGGACACCUCGAGGGCGCCAGCGGCAUCGUCAGCCUGAUCAAGUCUGCCAUGAUGCUGGAGAGGGGCUACAUACUCCCGAACCACGACUUCAGAGAGGGCAACAAGGAGAUCCCGUUCGAUGAGUGGGGUGUCAAGAUCCCCAGCAAGGUCAUGCCCUGGCCGAGGGGGAAGAAGUACAUCAGCAUCAACAGCUUCGGCUUCGGAGGUGGCAACGCACAUGCCGUGCUGGCUGCGCCGCCGAGGGUCAAAACCAAGAAAGCACCCUUCAGGCUACCUGGACAGGAGGGCCUUAGUCUCGAGGGGCUGCUGGAGGAGAAGAAGAAGAAGAAGAAGGAGGAGGAGAAAAAGGCAGACCAAGUGGUGAAUGGCGACGAAGCCGAAGUGCAGAGUCCAGAGGCUGAUGCAGCUCCCACUACCAUGAUCCACGAUGCCACGCCUGCCACUACCACGCCUGCCACUACCACGCCUGCCACUGUCACUGCCACUGCCACUGCCACUGCCACUACCACCAUCACCACCGAACCCACAACAAAGCCCAAGCCCGACCAGGCGCCAUCCAAGCACGUCGAGCCCAAGCGGCUCUUUGUAGUCUCGGCCAGCAGCAAAACAGCCCUCGCCAAGCAAAUGGCCAACAUCACCUUCUACAUCGAGCGGCGGCCCAUCGCCUUCCAGAGCGCCGUGCUCCCCAACAUGGCCUACACGCUCGGCCAGCGCCGGUCUCUGCUGCCGUACAAGCACGCCGUCGUGGGGUCCGACAGCACCGCCCUGACCUCCGGCUUCACGUCGUGUCCGGCCAACCCGAUCAGGUCGACGCGGACCCCGCGGAUCGGCUUCGUGUUUACCGGCCAGGGCGCGCAGUGGCACGCCAUGGGCCGCGAGCUGAUGGCGGCGUACCCCGUGUUCCGCGCCUCGCUGGAGGCGUUCGACGCCUGCCUCUCCCGGCUCGGCGCCAGCUUCAGCCUCGUCGAGGAGCUGGCCGAGAAGGACGCCAGGACGUCGAGGAUCUCGGACGCCGACCUCAGCCAGCCCGGCUGCACGGGCGUUCAGCUGGCGCUGGUGGAUCUGCUGCGGGAUUGGGGGGUUCGUCCGGACGCGGUGGUUGGGCACUCGAGCGGGGAGAUCGGCGCCGCGUACGCAGCCGGCGCUUUGACGCUGCGCGAGUGCGCGGCGAUCGCGUACUUUAGAGGCCAGUCGGUGCUGCAGCUCAAGGCGGCACACCCGGACCUCGAGGGCGGCAUGUUGGCGGUCGGGGCCGGGUCGGAUGAGGUCUCGGAGAUGAUCGAGACCAUGGCGCCCGACCCGGCUCGGAGGGUGGUCGUCGCGUGCGUCAACAGCCCGGGCAGCAUCACGGCCUCGGGCGACGUGGCGGCCGUGGAGGAGCUGCAGGCCAUGGCGGAAGAGAAGCAGCUCUUCAACCGGCGGGUGCGGGUCGAGACGGCAUACCACUCGCACCACAUGGAGCUGGUGGCGGAUUGGUACGGGGCUGCAGUCGGGCCGCUGGACCCCAAGGGAGCAGACCUCAAGCCCAAGGAGGGUCGGCACGUCGUCGAGUUUUACUCUUCGCUCAAGGGCAAGCGGGUGCGCGACCUGGCCGUCCUCGACACCUCGUACUGGGUCCAGAACCUCACGCGGCCGGUGCUGUUCUCCCAAGCCCUGACGGCGAUGUGCACCCCGGCAGAGGGCAGGGAGAACGUGGACGUGCUGGUCGAGAUCGGCCCGCACCCGGCGCUGGAAGGCCCCGCCAAGCAGAUCCUCAAAUCCAUCGACGGGCUCUCCAAGAAACCCACGUACCUCGCCUCGCUGGUCCGCAACAAAGACGCCGUCGACACCACGCUCUCCCUCGCGGCGGCGCUCUUCACACACGGCCGGGCCCUCGACAUGGGUGCCGUCAACUUCCCCGUCCCCACGGCGCGGGCGCCCAAGGUGCUCAGCGACAUGCCCAAGUACGCGUGGGACCACGGCACGCGGUACUGGUACGAGAGCCGGAUCGGGCGCCAGCACCUGUUCCGCCGGUUCCCGCGCAACGACGUGGUGGGCAGCCUGGCCGACUGGUCCAACGACCUGGAGCCGACCUGGCGCAACGUCAUCCGCACCGACGACAUGCCGUGGGUCAGGGGCCACGUCAUGCAGGACAUGAUCGUGUACCCGAUGGCCGGCUACCUGAGCAUGGCGGUCGAGGCGGCGGCGCAGAGGGCCGUCAUGGCCGGGGCGGCACAGAGGCAGGACGUUGGCGGCGGCGGCGGCGGCGGGGAUGCCGAGGACCAGGACAAGGACAAGGACAGGCAGCAGAGCAUCGACAAGUACGUGUUCCGCGACGUCACCAUCAGCAGGCCGUUUGUCAUUCAGGAAGGCGUCGAUGCAGAGAUCAACAUCACCAUGCGUCCGAACCCGGAGGGCACGCGGGAGUCGUCGACCACCUGGGACGAGUUCCGCAUCUUCUCGUGGAACCGCGAGAGGGAGUGGAUCGAGCACUGCCGCGGUCUCAUCCGCGUCGAGCAAAAGUCGUCGCGAGCGCUGGGCGACAGGCCGGGCACCCCUAGAACCGCCAGCACGGCCGUGCCGGGUCAGGUGAACAAUGUCCACGACGCCAAGGCAGACGAGGCCGCGUGCUUUGAGGCCAAGAAGCACGACAUCACACAAGCCUGCACCCAGGCAGUAAGUGCCGAGGACAUCUAUCAAGACCUCGAAGGGGUGACGGCCAAAUACAGCAGAGAGUUCCGCUCCAUGGAGAACUGCUCGGCCAGCGACACUGCCUGCACCGCCGAUGUGGUCGUGCCUGACACGGCGAGGACCAUGCCCAAGGGCUUCGAACCGCCUGUGCACAUCCACCCGGCCCUCUUGGACCAGUUCACGCAUGCUGCCUGGGUUCUGGUUGGUGCCGGAAGAGGGAAGCUGUCUUCAUUAUUCAUGCCCCGCUUCUUCAAGAGCCUCUGCAUAUCAGGGCAUCUUCGCAGCCAUGUUUCCAAGCCUGGCGACAGGAUGCGUGUGUAUGGCAGUGGGAAUCCAGACUUUUCCAGCCCCGGCUCUACCAAAAUAUCAAUGUUUGCGACGGACGUUGAGGGUAAAUCAGAGUUGAUUUCUAUGGAGGGGCUGGUCCUGGACCCGAUCCAUGACGCCGGGGCCCAUCAUGUUGACCAAGGGGUCGCUAGGGAGCUAUGCUAUAAGAUGGAGUGGGUUCCUCUAUAUGGUGAAGAAGCAUCUUUAGCUUCAGCUGACCGGGACGCAACGUCACCCGCAACAAACGGCGUCAACGAUGAGGUUGAUAUCGAACAAAUCAAAACCCCAGCACAAAACACCGACUGGGAAAUAUCUGACAACAUAGUAAUCGUUGGACCGCCGACCCUGCAAAAUACUACCAGCCUGGCAGAAAACCUGAAGCAGCAGCUCUCAAAGCAUAUUUCCAACAGCGACGGACAAUGCAUUACUUCCUGCUCCCUCGAAACUGUCUGCCCAGAAGGAACGGAGACCUGUCCAUAUGCUGGAAAAAUCUGCAUAGUCAUUGCAGAACUAGAUGGGUCGCCGCUCCUCGCAUCUAUCAACGCUGCAGGCUUUGCCGCUGUCCAACGCCUCAUCCUAAAUGCCAAGGGCAUCCUCUGGGUCGUGAGAGGGGCCCACACCGAAUCUACGGAUCCCCGGCUCGGCAUGGUAUUCGGUCUGGCAAGAACCGUGCGGUCCGAAACAGGCAUCAAGUUUGCCACACUGGACUUGGACGGCAGGGCCAGUCGGGAUCCCGCUGAAGAAAGCAACUUGAUCGCCGAGGUUGCCUGCCACGUCUUUGGCAAGAGGCCCAACGCCGGCCAAGAUCCUAUCCAAGACGGCGACCCAGACAUGGAGUUCCAGGCCAGAGACGGCAUCCUCAGCGUAGCCCGCGUCAGCAACGACGCCACCCUCGACGCCUUUGUCGAGCAGCACACCAACGUCGCAACAGCCCCUUACCCGCAACCAUUCCACCAGCCAGGCAGACCACUCAAGCUCGUGGCCGGGACCAAAGGAGCCCUCGACACGCUGCACUUCACCGACGACCUGGUCAACACGCCCACCAGCCCGCUGAACCCGGACGAGAUCCUCAUCCAAGUCCAGGUCACGAGCAUGAACUUCAAAGACAUCAUGGUGUCGAUGGGCGAGGUGCCGUCCCCGUACCUGGGGGUCGAGUGCGCGGGCGUGGUCGCGGCCGUCGGCGUGGCCGUCCACGACCUCAAGCUGGGCGACCGCGUCUGCGCCAGCUCCGAGGGCGCCUACUCGAGCUACACGCGCUGCAAGGCCACCAGCGCCGCGCUCGUACCCGACGACAUGACGCUCGAGUCGGCCGCCACCGUGCCCGUCGUCUUCGCCACGGCCUACUACGGGCUCUUUGACGUGGCCAACCUGCGCAGGGGCGAGUCGGUGCUGAUCCACGCGGCGGCCGGCGGCGUCGGGCAGGCGGCCGUCAUGCUCGCGCAGAUGGUCGGCGCAGACGUCUACGCCACCGUCGGCAGCGCCGCCAAGCGCGCCUUCCUGACGGACACGUACGGCGUGCGCGGCGACCGCAUCUUUUACAGCCGCGACGCGUCCUUUGCCGCCGCCGUCCAGCGCGCCACGGCCGGACGGGGCGUGGACGUGGUGCUCAACUCGCUGGCGGGCGACGCGCUGCGCGAGACGUGGGAGUGCGUGGCCCCGUUCGGCCGCUUCGUCGAGAUCGGCAAGCGCAGCAUCCUGGCCAACGCCGGCCUGGCCAUGGCCGUCUUUGACCGGAACGCCACCUUUGCGUCCGUGGACCUGACCCUCGUGGCCAAGGAGCGCCCGCGCGUCAUGCGCCGCCUGCUCGACGACGUCUUUCGCCUGCUCAGCUACGGCGCCGUCCGGCCCAUCUCGCCCGUCACGCUCUUCAGCGUCUCCGACGUCGAGGCCGCCUUCCGCACCCUGCAGGCCGGCAAGGCGCACGGCAAGAUCCUGGUGACCGCCGCGCCGGGCGACCUGGUCAAGGCGACGUACUCGCCGCGAACCUUUGAUCGGCUGUUCAAGGCUGAUGCUACGUAUAUUGUUGUCGGCGGGACGGGUGGAAUCGGCCGCAGUAUCAUCAAGUGGAUGGCGGAAAAGGGGGCGAGGCACUUGGUUGUUGUGUCUCGUUCCGACACCGUCUCGCCCAAGGUGGCUGAGAUGAUCAAGGAGGCCGACGCUGCACACGGAGCCAAGGUUUCCGUCUCUCGGUGCGAUGUUGCCCUGAUUGAAGACGUGGAGAGGAUGAUUGAGGGCAUCUCAUUGGCAAACAUGCCACCAAUCAGGGGAGUAAUACACAGCGCCAUGGUGCUCGAUGACGUGCUCUUGGAAAAAAUGACAUUUACCCAGUGGGAAACCGUCGUGCGUCCCAAGGUGUCCGGCGCCUGGAACCUCCACACAAGCCUGACGAACCACCAGCUCGACUUCUUCAUCGCCCUCGGCUCCGUCGCCGGCAUAAUCGGCAACCAAGGCCAGUCGGCCUACGCCGCGGCCAACACCUUCCUCGACAGCCUGGUGCGCCACCGCCGCGCCCUGGGCCUGCCGGGUGCCUCGCUCGACCUCGCCGCCGUCAGCGACACCGGCUACCUUGCCGAGAACGCCGAGCGCCAGCAGCAGGUCCUCAAGCAGAUCGGCGGCGAGGCCAUCUCCGAGAAGGAAAUCCUAGCGCUGGUCGCCGCCGUCGUGGCCGGCGACGACGCGCAGACCGCAAGCGGCGGGCAGGUGCUCACGGGCCUGCGGCUGAGCCCGUCGGCGCCGGCGACGUUCUGGUCCGCGGACGCCAAGUUCGCACCGCUGCGGGCAAGAGCGAGAGAGCUGCGCGCCGCCGCCGACGGUGGUGGUGGUGGUGGUGGUGGUGGUGGUGGUGCGGCAGCUGCGGCGGCGAGCAUAUCGCCCGGCGCGGCGCUCAAGAGGGCGGCGUCGUACGCGGAGGCGCACGCGGUCGUGGUGGAUGCGCUGCUGGACAAGGCGGCGGGCGUGCUGAUGCUGCCGCGCGAGGAGCUGGACCCGAGCAAGGGGACCGUCUUUUACGGCCUGGACUCGCUGGUCUCGAUCGAGAUCCGGAACUGGAUCACCAGGGAGUUUGGCGCCGUGCUGCAGAUUCUGGAUCUGUUGAGCAGUGGCUCCUUUUCGGCCCUGGCAGAAACCGUCAUCAGGAAGACGGAGCUGUGUUCUUUUGAGAAGGGCACUGCUUGA